AUGGUGAUGUGCUUUCCACCCGUGCAGGAUCCAGCUUCGAUCGGCCCGCUCUACAUCCUCCAUUUCGCAACCUCGAACCAUGCCUUUCGUCUGCCAGACUUUCUAGCUGCUGCAGAAUACCUUCGCAUCCCCUUUGCCUUUGUUCCCACUCCCGCUAAAUCCGUGCUCGAGGAAUGUCGCAAGGAGCAUGACGCCACCGAGCAAGCUUCGUCCUCCAGCUACCGACCCGAUCUUCGACGACCGUUUGCACUCGCCCACCUGCCCAACGAUGAGGCCGCCGUCAACCUGCUGCGUCGUUGCGUGUCGCUUCGAUCCAUCUGGGCGCAUUGGUCCCAUGGAGGCACCUACGACGAGCUGCACGCGCGCAAUCAGCAAGAAUGCAGCCGCGCACUCUGGGGGCCGUACGUCGAGGAAGCAGAGUGUCCUUCGUGGAAGGCACACGUGUUCUCGUACAGCUAUACAAUCAGCGACAAGCGCAAGAUCGACAUCAUCCAGAGUUUCAGCUACAUGGACUUGAAGGGGAGAAUCCAGCUAAAGAACCCUUCGAUGCGAUGGGGUGUCAUGGAAGAGUUUGUCGCCCAAGAGCUCUGGCCCAGUCACCUGCGCGAUGAACACAACAAUUAUCCGGGAGCAGGCAAGGACACCGACAAAGCCGAGCGCAGGGAAGAGCUCGGCGAUCAGGAUCCGCGACUGGUGCAGAUCUUUCUCGGCAGACGUAUCGAUGUCAAGGCCGGUCCGCUGUACUCGGAGAAAGCGACAGCCGCUGCACCGAGAAAGUCGAGCGACCCCACCCAGGAAGGUCAGACGGGGAUAGCUAGGGACCUGAUCGAGAAGCUCAACCUCAAAAAGCGAGUCUACAUCGGCAACACUUCGAUGGAGUCCGAGAUGAGCUUGUUGAUGGCCAGCAUGGCGCUUGCAGGACCAGGAAAGCUGAUCUACGAUCCUUUUUCCGGCACAGGCUCGAUGCUAUAUGCAAGCGCAGUGUUCGGCGCCAUGGCAUUUGGCAGCGACAUUGAUGGAAGACCGAUGCGCGGAAAAGACAACAUCAGCGACUCGAACAGCAAGACGGGCAUCAUCAAGAGCGCAACGCAGUACGGUGUUCGUGAUCACAUCCUCGACACGGUGGUAUUCGACAUGACUCAGAACCCCUGGCGCAAGGAUCUCCUCUUCCCUGUCGACGACCCAGAGGCGGUGCAGGCAGGCAGACGACCCACGGGUGUUGUCGACGGCAUCGUCGCUGAUCCACCGUACGGCGUUCGAGCCGGAGCCAAGCGACUGGGUAAGCGAGACCCAGAAAAGCAGAGGACGGAAGGCUACUGGAUGCCCGACGGUCUCGGCCCCGGACAGGGCUGUUGGUCGCACGAGCGCUCCGAUUACAUUCCGCCCACGCGACCGUACCACUUGGAAGAUCUGGUCAACGACCUGCUCGACUACGCCUACAGCCUGCUCUGUGACGGCGGACGUCUGGUGUUCUGGUUGCCGUCGAUGAUUGACCCAGAGGAGGACGAGGAGAACGAGGGCGGCGAGAGCACUGGCUACACCAAGUCGUCUGCUGCGGUGGAACGUUCGGUAAGCAUUGACCUGCCGCAGCAUCGCCGCCCGGCCGGUCAGGGGCGAAUGCGCAUGAUCCACUACUCGUUGCAGGACUUUGGAAGGUGGGGUCGCUGGCUCAUCACCAUGGAAAAGGUGUCGCCAGAGAACGACGUGGACGACGAAGGGCUGCGAGAGCUCGAGCAGAGGUUGGGCGAGUUGGGCAAGAACAAGGACGAACGCGGGAUCUACCGUGCUGACCGUGAUCCGCUCGAGUUCCGCAACCGAUACUACCUGCCUCGAGUGUCGAAGCCGUCGCAGUGA